UGCGAAAAUGAAGGUAGUGGAGGAAAUGGGAAGUAAUAAUGCUUCAAGUCACGUGAAAGGAGAUCAUACCUUGCAUAUUCACAAGGUGGGAGCUCCUCCAAAGCAAAAGCUUGUGAAGGGGAUUAAAGAUGCAGCGAGGGAGACUUUCUUCUCAGACCAUCCUUUAUGCCAUCUUAACGACAAGCCAAUAUCAAGGAAGCUUGUUCUUGGACUUAAAGCAGUUUUUCCAAUCCUUGAAUGGGGAAGAGAUUACAGUUUUCAUAAAUUCAGAGGUGAUCUUGUCUCCGGACUUACCAUUGCUUCACUCUGUAUUCCUCAGGAUAUUGCAUAUGCAAAGCUUGCAAAUUUGGAUCCUCAGUAUGCGCUAU